ACGGAGUCUCUGGCUGUUCAAACUCCACCCCCUCCGCGUCUCGUUUCCUCGGCGCUGGGGUGCGCGCACGUUUCUGCGUCAGGACGUCAAUCGCUGCGGGGGGUAAGAUGGCGGCCAGCUACGAGUGUGUUCCUGAACUAACAGCACGCCUCAAGGAAUUAACCCGAAACUGUCGAAAAGAAGAGUUGGUGCUGGUUUCCAUGACGCCGAUCCAGAGUUUGACCACCGCGUUCAAAGAACAACAUAAUAGGAUGGAGGCAACACAAUCUUUAUUUGAAAGUUUUGAACACAUUCUAGCAACACAGUUGGCCGAGAUAGAGGUAUUCACUGACAAUCCUGACAGAAGCAGGAACGGACAACUUGAAGCUUGUUUACAGCUAGUUGCUGAGUGCUUCCGAUGCCUCAGAAAUGCCUGCAUACAAUGUGUCAAAAACCAGUCUCAUGCAAGUUUUUGCAUAGCUAUUCGAUGUGGUCUUCAGUUCCUUGGAAACCUUAUAACUGGCAAUGAAGAGUCUAAGCAUAUUCUGUGGAAAAGUGCCUUUCCGGAUCUUUUCAUGCAAUACCUGAGUCAAUCCGAUAAGAAAACUGUUACCUAUUGCUGCAUGGUUCUGUUCACCUGCCUUAAUGCUGAGAGAACAGCUGACUUAUUAAGUCACACGAAAGGGGUUGAACUGGCUGAAGCUGUUGUCAAGAUAUGCAAGAAAGAACCUGAACUAGACUGGGCGUAUGUACUUUUUGAGCAACAUUUAAAAUAUUGUCUUAAUUAUUUGAACUGGAAGGAAGCCCUCAUUGUAAUCAGGCUUCUUGAUAUUCUUUGUGAAACAACUUCAAACUAUGAAAAGUUCAGUUAUUUGCAGAAUUCACCUGGUCUCCUAGAGACUGUUGUUGAUCUUUUGGAUCAGACGCAUCUUGCAGGAAAACAACAUGAGAAUAUUUUCAGUGUAUCCCAAUCUUUGUCAUUCACUGAUCACACCUUCCAUCCUGCUGUGGGUUUUAAAGCUCAUUUGAUCCAUCUCAUUGGGAACCUUUGUUAUCACAAUAAUGAAAACCAAGAUAAGGUCCGUGAAUUAGGUGGCAUUCCAGUCAUUCUGGACAACUGCAGCAUUGAUGACAACAAUCCUUUUGUGAGCCAGUGGGCAGUGUUUACCAUUCGAAUCCUUACAGAACAGAACAUGAAGAAUCAAGAAGUGAUAUCCCAGAUGUCAUAUCAGGGUGUGGCAGAUAGUGCCAUGCUAAACAACAUGGGAUUACAAGUUGAAGAGAGAGAUGGAAAACUUUAUGUCAAGUCCCACGGAAAGAGUUCAUAACUUCAUGGUGAGAAGGGUUCUGAAAACUUUGCCACAACAGGAUUUAUCAGUCUGUUCUUCCAGCCAUUUGUCACACCGAGAAAAAUAUAGACUGAAGAGAACAAAGUGGAGCAGUGAUGGAAAUGUUUUUUUUGUUUAAAGCACACAAUACUAUUUAUUAUCCUUUCGGUUGUCAUCGGUCUGGAAUGGUAUUAGCAGUUUCAUGGCACUGUGAUAUGCAGGCUGAAGACUGACUAACAAUAAAAGUAUUAACUGUACAAAAGAAUGGCUAAUGCCAAGAGUGUUCUGAAUCCAGAUUAUUCCAGAUUGAAAUCUAAUUUUACAAUACAUCACUGUGAAUUGUACACCACGAUGCCAAAUGUCAAAAUAUUAAUUGUAGACUUGAUUGGGAGUAGAGAGAUGAGGGGAAGUUAAUCAACAUGAAACACCCUAAUAAUGUCUUGAAGAUUUCAAAAUGAGCUAAUUUAAGAGCUGUUUGGUUUAACGUACUAAGAGACAAAAGUGGAAAUUAUUUAGUAUGCAUUGUAUCUUCAGAAAAGUUUGCCAAAUCAAACUAAAAUACGUGGCCAUUAAAACUAGCAUAAGAUUAUCACAUUGAUUCCAUAGGAUUAAAGGCCACAAUUAGCUACACAGACUUUCUAUGUAUAAGAAGUGUUUGUGAUUACGUAUAAGCAGAUUCCAGUUGUUUAAUUAUCAUUCAAAACAAAAAUAACCACUUAUACUUUAAUAACAUCUUUCAACUUUUUCAUUUGUUUAUGUUUGCAUUAGUGUUGAUAACUGUUGUGCUUACUGAUCUACAUGAAGUGGCCUUUUGAAAUAUAUUGUUGCCGAAUCCUAUGUUUUAAACACCAAAAACAAAGGAAAAAUAGAGUUCUGACAGCUGCAUUUGUCGGUUAGAUUAAAAGGACCUUGUUAAGUGGAGGCUGUAUGGUAAGAGAUGCUGAUCAUUUGCAUUGAUGGAAAUUUUUCAUUAGAGUGGUUUGUUUUUGGUCUAUGGUUAAGAACAUAGGUACCUAAUGUGUUGGAAUGAACUGUCUGUAUGUAAUUACAUAGAGUUCUAGAACAUCCUUGGUGAAGAAACUUGGAACCAGAGAACCUGAAGUUGCUAAUAUGGUGGGUGUAAACUAGACAAGUGCCAUAAUGAGCGAUGCUAACCUGAUGGAAAGGGCAAAACGUAAGCACUAUUACUGAUUUCCCUUAGUUUCCUCCUCUUCCCCAUUCCCACUAGAUUCUUUUCCUCCAUCUCCAUUCGCCCAUCCCUGGUCUUGCUUCAUUUUAUUCCCUCCUUUUCUCCAUUUUCUCCCCCUUCCUUGCUUCACUUUUCUCUCCUUUACUCCCGUUCUCUUCCUUUUCUCCUAUUCUUCUUUUUCCAUUAUUCUUCAUUGAAGCUCUCAAUAAAUGCAUGCUCACUCUAGACUGCCAUAUUUAACAAUUCAUGCGCAAAUAUAAAGUAAAUCAUGCUGUAUUUGUUAAGUGUCUGUAACAUUGCAUAUAUUCCAAGACAGCAAAUUGAAACCUAUUGAAGUUGUGUUAUAUUGAUGCUUGUAUUGCAUGUGGGGAUUGUGAUGGGUUAAGUAGCAGAUGCAGAGGAUAGUUUCAAAAUGUACAAUUCAGCAUGGGAUCAAAAAAGUCGAAACAACUACCUCAUUCACCUUCCCUUUCUCUCAGUAGUGAGUGACAUUAACAGUUCAUUAAUCAGGUGGAUCCUGCACAAAAUUGAGUUGGUUAUCACCUUAGUGGUAGAAAAAAAAUGACAAAGGAGCUGCUCCCAUUAAAAAAAAUCCACUUUAAAAUUU